UUCACAAUGGACGGCUGUGAUCAGCGUCAACACUAAGGCGCAUUUGGGUAAAGCAGUAGAGAUAUAUUUGGUGUAUAUAGAGAAACGCUGAAGCCAUGAGUGGAUGCUCUCGUGCUCAGUACACGCUCGCCUCGGGACUCGGAGCCCUCGCUCAUGCAGGAGAUCACUGCGGCCUUCUCUCCCUCUUCUUUCACUCCUCCAGAGCGCAGCCCGUGAGGCCGGACCGGCCAAUCUACCUCGCCCUCCUCAAGGCUGCGGCCGCUGUCUCCUCCCGUUACACGGCCCUUUCCCUCCACGCCCACAUCGCCAAGUCGGGCUACCAACGCGAUGUCGUCGUCGCCACCGCAUUGGUCCAUGCGUUCUCCAGGUGCUCCGAUUCCGCAACUGCUCGUAGGUUGUUCGACGAAAUGCCGGAGAGAGACGCAGCGGCAUGGAACGCGAUGCUCUCUGGCUGCGCUCGUAACGGGGAUGCACAGCAAGCGCUGUCUAUGGCCUGUGAAAUGGCGUCCUGCGGUGUGAGGCCCAAUACGGUCACGCUCUCUGUUUUGCUUCAGGUUUGUGGUGGUGUUGAAGACAAGAGGCUCGGGCAAUCUGUACAUGCUUAUGCUGUUCGGCAUCUUCAACUUGUGGACACCUUCUUGGGUAAUUCUCUUGUUGUAUACUAUAACAGGGCUGGCGAUUCUCAUAUCUCGGAGAGAAUAUUUGAGAGGAUGUUGCGAAGAGAUAUCGUGUCAUGGAAUGCCAUGAUAACAGGGCGAGCUCAAUGUGGUUUUCGUUGGAGAGCUUUGGAAUUGUUUAAUUUGAUGAGGGAGGAGCACCAUCCGGAUCUUUUCAGCUUAGAGACAGUCCUACAAGUAUGUGCACAAAUUGGGGAAGACGCCAUUGAUGAUGGGCAGGCUACCCAUGGGCUUUUGGUUAAGUUGGGAUUUCAAAUGGAGGUUUAUGAGCAAAAUUCUCUGCUUCUAUUUUAUUGCAAAUGUGGAAUGAUGGAAUCUGCCCAAUCCAUUUUUGAUAAGAUGGAAGCAAGAAAUAUUGUCUCUUGGAAUAUUCUAAUUAAUGGUUAUGUUCAGAUGAGGUGCCUUGAUAAAGUUCUUAAUUUGGUUAGGUGCAUGAGCUUUAGUGAGCUAGGAGUUAGUUCUGAUCUCUUGGUGAGCAGUCUGCAAGCUGUUAGUCUAUUAGGAGGAGGCAGAAAGCAUAUCUUGUGCAUACAUUGCAUUGUUAUGGUGAUGGGAUUUCAUUCUGAUACUUACGUCAGUAGUUCGCUUAUUUCUGCAUAUGGUGACAAUGGAGAAAUUGAUUUAGCUCACAAAAGCUUCGAGCAUCUAGUAUCUAAAACAAGAAAUGACACUGUCUGCUGGAAUGCAUUGCUUUCUGUAUACGUUCGUAAUAUGUGUUUCUUAGAAGCACUUGAACAUCUCAGAAGUAUGCAUGUCAACGCAUGUAGUUUAGAUGCUGUCACUAUCGUAAACAUGCUUUCUGUUUGUACUGGGACACUAAAUUUGAGAUCAGGCAAGGUUAUUCAUGGAUUUAUGCUCAGAAAUAAACAUGAUCACAAUGUUUUUGCUAUCACAGCAUUGCUAGAACACUAUGCUAAAUGUGGUGCUGUAACUGAAGCUUGUUACUUGUUCCUGGAGAUUCCAGUUCGGAAUAGAGUAACAUGGAACACGAUGGUUCACUGCUGUGUCCAUAAUGGCUUUCCUAGGACAUCAGUGAAGCUUUUCUAUCUUAUGCAAGAGCAGGAUGGUUUUAUGCCAGAUGCAACAUCCGUUGUGGGAGUUAUAAAGGCAAUUGCUCAGAGAGGAUAUGAAGAAGAAAAAAACUACAUUCACAAAUAUGUAACUGAAAGAGGUUUUACUGAUAAUGAGUUUGUUGCUAAUUCACUUAUUGCAAUGCAUGCAAGAUUCCAUGAUUUUGACAAGGCAAUCAGUGUCUUUGAAAGAACUAGCAAACUCAGCACAGUUACAUGGAAUACUAUGAUAUCAGGGUAUUCCAACUAUGGUCUAGCAAACAAGGCUAUGCCAGUUUACCAUCUCAUGAAGUUACAGAAUGUUGCACCAGACUUGGUUACAUUUUUAUGUCUCCUUCGUGCCUGUACAACUUUAUGUUCUUUGAAUUGCUUAAUGCAGAUCCACACAGUUAUAUGCAAAGCUGGUUAUGAAUCUGACAUGUUCGUUGGGACUUCCCUAGUAUAUGGAUAUGCAAAAUGUGGUGAUUUAAGCAUGGCCCGGUUGAUCUUUGAUGGAUUGGAAUCUAAAUCAACAGUAUCAUGGAAUUCCAUGAUUCAGGGUUAUGGUGUGCAUGGAAAUGCAGAGGCAGUUCAUGAACUCUUCUCUGAGAUGCAGCAAUCUGGCAAAGUUCCUACUGUAGUUACUUUUCUCAAUAUUAUAUCAGCUUGUAGCCAUGUGGGAGAUGUAGAGAAGGGGAAGCACUAUUACGAUCUUAUGACACUUGUCCACUCAGUCAUACCAAACAGGGAGCUCCUUUCCUCCCUUGCUGACCUCCUUGGCCGUAGUGGAAGGCUUAAGGAGGCACAUGAAGUGUUGGAGAAAGGCCCCUUUGAUCCAGGAUUGGAUGCUUGGGGUGCACUAUUAGGAGCUUGUCGGAUUCAAGGUAACUUAGAAAUAGGAAUGAUAGCAGCUAACAAUGUACUUGAAUUGGAUCCCAUCCACCAUGGAUACAAUUUGCUUUUGUCAAACAUGCAUGCGGAGGCUGGAAGAUGGAUUGUUGCAUCUAAGAUCAGAAAAAGAGUUGACAAAACAGGGCUCAACAAAGCUUCUGGCUGGAGCAUGGUUGAGGGUUUUUUGUGAUUAUGGAUACCAGCCUUGUGAGAUUGCAUUUUAAACUGGAUAGAGAUUCUCUAUUGUAGAAGCAACAAGUUGCAUUUCAGAGUGAAUGAUUCUAUAUUAAAAUUAAAAGGAAAUGGAAUGAAAUAUAUGUGAUGUUCAUGCGGCAUCGUGGCUUAUGAAAAUUGAAGAAUUUCCUACUGUAUACAGCAAGCAUUUCCUCAAAUUGAAGAGUGAUGAUCAAUGUGGAUCAAGAAUGCAAGAAGUACAGGGGCUAUCACAUUUGUGACCUAUUAUUAAUAUGUUUCCAACUAAGGGUUAUAGUGUCAUGGAAUGCUAUGAUUCCGGGUCUGUUCAAUGCAGUUUUGGUUGGAGAGAUUUGUAAUCGAUGUAAUUUGUUGACGGAGGACCACCUUCUGGGCCUUGUCACCCUCAAGGAAACACCAUCAACAUAUAUGAAAUCUGGGGAUGAGUCGUUGAUGAUGGACAGGCUAUCCAUGUGCAUUCGGUUAAUUUGGGAUUUCAAAUGGAUUUUUAUGUUGGAAAUUUCUCUGCUUCGCUUGUAUUGCAAAUGUUUUAUGAUGAAGUAUGGUGAAUCCAUUUGAAAGUUAUUUAUGCAAGAGCAGAAGAUGCCACAUCCACUGGGAUUGCUUAGUGAGGCUAUGAGGGUGAAAGAAACUACAUUCACAAAAUUUUAGUCGAAAGAGAUUUCACUUAUGAUGAGUUUGCUGCUAAUUUUCUUAUAGCAGUGUAAUCAAGAUUCCGAUUUUGUUGAGGCAAUUGAUCUAUAUGAAAGAACUGGCAAAACUCGGGAUGGCUGCAUAGUAUAUAUACUAUGAUAUCAGAGUAUUCCAAUUAUGGCCCAGUAAACAAGGCUAUCUCAGUUUGCCAUCUCAUAAUGUUUGGCACCUGUCUUGGUUACACUAUUGUCUUUGUGACUCUAUACAGCUUUAGGUUCAUCGAGUGCUUAAUGCAUACUCACAUGAUUAUGUGCAGAUCUGAUAUGAAGCUGACAUGUUCUUGUGACUUCCAUGAUACAUGGGUUGCAAUAUAUGAUUUGUUUUAAGCUGACAUGUCUUUGUGGAUCCUUGUCUCUGGCAUAUUUCUAUUCAGACAUCUUCAUCAACUAAAGUUCAGAUCUGCAAGGAUGCGUCAAAGUGGAACCUCAUCAGGACUUUGAGCUUAACUUAUAUUACUAACACCGAUCCUUUUAUGGACAUACUGAUAUUGAAAUAACAAGAAUCUCUUGGUACUCCAAAUUCUUCUCUUGCUAGUGAUCGACAGGAGCUGGUGAGCUAUCCAAAUAAGUAUAGUUGAUGACUCAAUGCUAUGGUUCUGCUUCUCCUCCAUCUUGUGUGGCUUUCAGGCUUUGGCCUACUGUCCGAAAAUGCAAGAGAAAGACAUUUGGCAUUAGAUUUUUCCUUUGUCUCAUGAUGUGCAAUAUUUUCCAGGCUAGUGUUCCAUUUCUGGAGGAUGUAUAUUACAACACUUCAAUGACAUGGCUGUCCCAAUAAACUCCAAAGAAUCCAGAGUCAACAGAAAGGUUGCAUCAGAAGGCUUUUACCAUACUCCCUUGUCAUACUGAUUUAAUUCCGAAGGCUUUUAAAAUUGUCCCAUAAAAGAAUGUUUUGCUUGUUGAUCUGGAAAUGCUUACACUUUAAGCAUAUUACUAUUUUCCAACGAUAUGUUAUCCGACUCUUGAUGAAGUGCACCUUCUUGCGUUGA